AUGUUUGAAAUAGUUGCUUUCCUCGCCAUACUUUCUCUGGCUCAUUCUCUCUCUCUCAAUCAAAUUCAACAAGCAAGAUUGAUUGCAGAUGUUUCCAAAACGAUCUCUAAUCAAUCUCAACAACAAUGCAUUUGUCAAAUGAUCACUUCAUUUCCAUUUAUGUCUGCAUUAAACUAUUUGUCGACAAAUCAAACAUGUCAAUUGUUUUCUUCGAAUUUAAUUCUAGCUAAUCUCGAUUUAGAUGUGGAUUCGACAAUCAUCUAUACAAAUGGAUCGAUCGUUUCACACGUGUUUCAAACAAGCCCAACUUCGUCGUCUUCUACAUCAACGUCAACUACAACAGCUCAGAUAGGUGAGUUCUUGCAUUUAGGAAAUGAAAUGCGUUUACUUUGUUUAGGAUGGAUAACUACGGGAAAUAUGAGUGUUGCUCGAUAUUUACAUACAGCAACUCUUCUGGCCAAUGGUAAAGUACUAGUUGCUGGUGGAAGCAACGGUACUGCUUCUUUGAGCACUACUGAAUUAUAUGAGCCAGCAACAGGAACAUGGCGAAUGACAGGAAACAUGAGUAAGGUUCGACAAUCUCAUACAGUUUCUGUUCUACCAAGUGAACAAGUCCUGGCGGUUGGCGGAUACGAUGGAAAUGUUCCGUUGAACAGUGCUGAGUUAUAUGAUCCAUCAACAGAAACAUGGACGAGCACGAUGAGCAUGAACACUGCACGAUAUUAUCACACAGCAUCUCUCCUUUCAAAUGGGACUGUUUUAGUUGCUGGUGGAUUCGGCACUACUGGUACUUUGAAUAGUGUUGAAUUGUUUGAUCCCUCAUCUGGAAUAUGGACAACGACAGGAAGUAUGGCAUUUGCGCGAUACUCCCAUACAACAUCUGUCUUAAAAAAUGGCAAAGUCCUCGUUACUGGUGGAAUAGCCAGUGUUUCGUUGAACAGUGCUGAGUUAUAUGAUCCGUUAACUGCAACAUGGACGAGUACGACAAACAUGAACACUGCACGAUCUUAUCAUGCAGCAUCUGUUUUACCAAAUGGAAACGUGUUAGUCACUGGUGGAACAAACAGUGGUGUAUAUUUAAACAGCGCUGAAAUAUACGAUUGGUCAACAAACACGUGGAUGGUUACAGCAAAUAUGAGUAUUACCCGAUGUAAUCAUGUAGCAUUAGUUUUAUCAGAUGGAAACGUGUUAGUCACUGGUGGUCGACUUAAUCCCAGUACUGCUUCGAAUAAUGUCGACUUAUACAAUUCAUCAACUGGCAGUUGGAAAAUGGUUGAACCUAUGAAUAUUGCACGACGAUGUCACACAGCAUCUGCAUUGCCUAACGAAUUUGUGCUUGUUACUGGCGGACAAAUACCAAAAAGCAACAUCUGGAAUAGCGCUGAACUGCUUCGAUAA